UCAAACUCACCCCAGUCACAACUCACAACCAAACCCACCCAUCGCCUCGUUUCUAGGGUGUUCUACAUGGCGAGGGGAAGGCGGCGCGGCGGCGGCCGACGGGGGCGUGGGAGCGGGCCCUCGCCGGGAAGCAGCGCAGACAUCGCGGCGAGCGUGGGUCUCAUGGCAGCCCAGCUCGGGAUGUGCGGCCUGAGUUCCGGGCAUGCGGAAGCGAUGAAGCGCGUGAUCGCGUCAUCGGACGUCGACCGCGACCACGCGAUGAGGAUGGUGGAGGACAUGGAAAGGAAUGAGAGUGAUUCUACUGGCUCUCUGGAGAUGGAGGACUUUGGGCCACUGCAUGAGGCAGUCAGCACAGGGAGAAUGGAAACGUGCAAGUACUUGGUAGAGCAGCUUGGGUUUGACAUAAAUGCGGAUGCUAAAGAUGAUUCAGGCAUGACACCUUUGGCUUGUGCGGUGCUGCAUGGUAAAGCAAUAGCUGUGAGGUAUUUGCUUGACAGAGGUGCUGAUCUUGAUAAGCAAGACAACAAAGGCUUUACUCCUCUGCACUAUGGGACAAAAGAAGGAAAGGAUGGACUUGUACGGCUGUUGCUAUCUAAAGGCGCUAGUGUUGAUGUCUCCUCUUGUGAAGGGACACCACUACAUAUUGCUGCUUCGUAUGGGAAGUGUGGCAUCAUGGAGAUUUUGUUGCAGCACAAUGCAGAUCCAAACAGGGUCUCGGCAGAUUUGGGUACACCAAUGGCUGUAGUUCUUUGUGUUGCUUUUACUCCUGGACAAAUGAGUGAAUCUGUUGCUUUAAAGUGCUUGAAGCUCCUUGUCAAGGGUGGUGCUGAUUUGAACUGUCGAAAUCCUGAUACUCCACUGGUGAUUGCAACCAGCAGAAACCUAACUGAAUGUGUUGAGUACCUCUUGGAGGUCGGUGCAGAUGCCAACAUUCCAAUGAAUCAUGGUGGUAUGACGCCAAUAGAAAUCGCUGCAGACUCUGGAAGAAGAAAGCUUGUUGAGAUUCUAUUUCCUUUCACUUCACCAAUUCAAUCGGUAUCAAACUGGAGUGUUGAAGGAAUCAUGGUCCAUGCAAAAUCAAGUAAUCCAAAGAACAAGGAUAAGCAAAGUGAUAAAGAAAAAGCAACCAAGAAACUGGACACUGGUCCAUCAAAAUCCUCUUCCAAGGGAGGUGAUAAGGAUAAGAAGGCUGAGCUGAAAUUACUUGGCGCAAAAGCAGUAGAGGGAAAGGACUAUGCUGGUGCAUCGAAGUUCUACAAUGAGGCCAUCAAAGUGGAUCCUGCUGAUGCAGCGCUGUAUUCAAAUAGGAGCCUCUGCCUUCUAAAGAGUGGUGAAGCACAUGCUGCUCUACUUGAUGCUAAUGCUUGCAUAAGGCUGCGGCCUGAUUGGCCAAAAGGUUACUACCGGAAAGGAGCUGCCUUCAUGGUGCUCAAGGAGUACAAAGAAGCAUGUGAUGCAUUCAUGGCUGGAGUGAAACUGGAUCCUGCAAGUGUGGAGAUGCAUGAAGCAUUUUGGGACGCAGUUGAGGCAAUGAAGGAACAUUGUGAUGAACAAAGUGACGACUCAUCUGAUUAGAGCGUGCUCGAGUUCCUUUGCGUUCAGUUGUGCCUUGCGGCCUUACCGUAUGCGUCUGCUUGUCGACGACUGAUGAAGUAGUGGCUCAUUUGAAACGCCCGAGUGUUACGCUACAUCGCUUCUUGUGCUGGCGCUUUAAUUAAUGUUUGUGUUUCUGAAUAUUUAUGUGCUUUGUCUACCAUGAUUGGGUACAAGUUAGCUACUUGAAUCUUUAGCUUGUUCAUGGUUUUUGUUUGUUAGCUAUCUUCAAAUCGGUCGUUAGCUGGUUUUGUUGGAUGGUA